UAAUGGAAAACAAAGUGAAAUUAAGCACUCAAGAUGGAGUGAUUAUUGAAGUAAUAAUAAUUUCUAUAUAGGUUGACAAAGAUGUAGCAUGUAAAUCUCAUUUAAUCAAUACAAUUAUUGAUGACACAGGUAGUGAAGAGGAAAUUCCAUUACCAAAUGUUAAAAGCAGUAUUUUAAAGAAGGUGAUAUAAUACUGUGAGUUACAUAGAAAUGAUUCACCUCCAGAAAUUGAAAAGCCAUUGAGAAGCAAUAACUUGUAACAAUUUUUACAUAUAAUAUAGAUCUGAUUGUGUGGAAUAAAAGGAUGCUGAUUUUAUUGAUAUUCCAAAUUUAGAGGAAUUAUUUGAUAUUAUUUUGGCUGCCAAUUAUUUAGACAUUAAAUCUCUUCUAGAUUUAUCCUGUGCCAAAGUAGCUACUUAUAUUAAAGGUAAUUUAGAUGAUCAAUAUGUUCAGGCAAAACUCCUGAAGAAAUUAGAAAAACAUUUAACAUCUAAAAUGAUUUAACUUAAGAGGAAGAAUAAUAAAUUAGAGAAGAAAACAAAUGGGCAGAAGAAACAAGUUGAU